AUGGCCGGCCGGGGCUGCGGCGGCGGCUGCGGGCCGGGCCGCGCGAACGAAGACAACGCGCGCUUCCUGCUGCUCGGCGCGCUCCUAGCGCUCUACCUGCUGGGCGGCGCCGCCGUCUUCUCGGCGCUGGAGCGGCCGCACGAGCGCCAAGCCCGGCAGCGCUGGGAGGAGCGCCUGGCCGGCUUCGGCCGCCGCCACAACCUGAGCCGCGACGCGCUGCGCGGCUUCCUCCGCCACUUCGAGGAGGCCGCGGCCGCCGGCGUCCGCGUGGACGGCGCGCGCCCUCGCUGGGACUUCCCGGGCGCCUUCUACUUCGUGGGCACCGUUGUGUCCACCAUCGGGUUUGGGAUGGCCACCCCAGCGACAGUGGGCGGGAAGGUCUUCCUGAUCGUCUACGGACUCCUCGGCUGCUCCAGCACCCUCCUGUUCUUCAACCUCUUCCUGGAGCGCCUGAUCACCGUCAUCGCCCACGUCACGAGGUGGUGCGGCGCCCGGCGGCCGGGGAGGCGGGCGGGCCCACGCGCGGGGAGCCCGGGGCUGGCGGCGGCCGGGAAGCCGUCGGUGCGCGUCGUGCUGCUGGCGCUGGGCGCCGCCUCCCUGGCGCUGUGCUGCGGCGCCGCCGCCCUGUACGCGGCCGCCGAGGGCUGGGGCUACCUGGACGCGCUCUACUUCUGCUUCGUGGCCUUCAGCACCAUCGGCUUCGGGGACCUGGUCAGCGGGCAGCAGGCGCGCUACGACGGCCGGGGCCUCUACCGCGUGGCCAACUUCGUCCUCCUGCUCUCGGGCGUCUGCUGCCUGUAUUCGCUGUUCAACGUCGUGUCCAUCCUCGUCCGGCAGGCGGUGAACUGGGCCCUGGGCCGGGCGGCCGGCGCGGGCUGCCGGCGAGGCCGGGGACGCGGCGGGCCGCCCCGCAGGAACGCCGUGGGGCCGGGCCGCGUGCGCAGCGGGAGCGGCGGCGCCGCGGAGACGGACGGCGGCUCGGGCGCGCGGCGCCUCUCGGGCGAGAUGGUCUCCAUGAAGGACUUGCUGGCGGCCAACAAGGCCUCCCUGGCCGUCCUCCAGAAGCAGCUGUCCGAAGCGGCCAGCGGCCGCCCGCGUCGGGCGAGCACGCCGGCUGUGGACGACGAGUUCUCAGGGGGCGUGGGCGCCUUCGCCAUCAUGAACAGCAGGCUGGCGGAGACCAGCGCGGACAGGUAGGAGCGGGGGCGCAGGGCGCCGACCGCCGGGCGCCUUCGGGAGCUGCUCCUUCCCGCCUGGAGCCCGGCUUGAGAGCGCGCUUCUUCUCCAGCAGGCUGCCCCUUUCCAGGGCUGCGGGACCGUGAAGCCUCGAGGCCGCUCCAAAUCCGCUUCCUUCUUUAAGUGUAAUUCACUCUUUAAACAUGAACCACACAAGCGGUGAGUACGUGCUCUCCUGACUCGUCUUGCUCCAGAAUUUGGACCCAAGAGAAGGACAGCUUACUUAAGCCUUGUUUCCUGCUGCUCUGUUCUUCAUCUGGAAGUACAGAUCCUCAAGAUGCGAGCUCUCCCCUGGAACUCCGAAGACUGAGUUCACAGCCUCUCGGAGGCCCUUCAGCGCAGGGAGGGCAGGAACUGGUCCAGAAGACGCUUGGGCUUGCUUUUUCCUGAGCUGCCUUCCUAGCAGAUGGCUCUGGGUGCUGCGGCUAGGGAAACCACCUGACCCUCCUUACACCUGCUUCUCUGGUUUUGUUUCUCCGUUCUUUAUUUGUAAGAUCUUAAGGCUUGACUAAGGUGCCUGUGGGACCUCAGCAUUAAGGUUAAGAAAAUAAAAUUCAGUUUCAGGCCUUUAAACCACAGCAAGGUGAUGUUGAGAGUCCGCUCUUGUCACUGAAGACUGGAGGUUACCCUGCUCCUUUGAACGGCCCCAGAGGCCACUGCAUUCUUACCUGGACUUGGGGCCCAUUGCAGAGAUAACGACUGUCUAUUUAUUAAAAUUGAAAAUUUAAUAAAGCCUCA